AUGGAAGAUGAAGGGACGAGCGAUGAGACUUUUUUCGAAUAUGAUAAGCAAAUGGAAACAAAAAGCCUGGAUGAAAUCGAAAGUGAGGUGGAUUCGAUGAAUUCGUCUUUGUGGACCGUGUCCCCAAGCAAAGUUCAGGAUCUAAAUCAGGAUGCUGGAACACUGCUAAAACGAUUAGAAAAUCAAACAGUUGAAGCAUUUGAAGAGCUCGCUGUGAUGAUUGACAAGCAUCGCUUAUACAUCGACGAGAAAGAAAAAAACAAAAAAAGUGCUCUUGAUUUAUGGAAAAGGGUUCCAGCGGUGCGUCGUCGCCUUCAUAACAUCGAAGAACGCCUUCUCGACAUACGUGCUUACGAAGAGAACUUCAAUCGAAUCCUGCAAAUGGAUCGGAUUCGAAAUUUUUUGAAUAAUAUUGCCGAGAAACUUCGAAAAUUGUACGAAUAUUAUUUUUUAACCGACAAUUCAUUAAUGGGAAUUGAAGCGAAAUUCGAUGAAAUUCGGAAAUCCCUCGAUGCAAAAAAAGUAUCGCUUGUCACCAAAAAGCCGAACUCAAAAUGCUUCUGGAUCUUCUGCAUUUAA